AUGUCAAGCGAUCUGAAAACGUCAUUUGAUUUGGAACCAAAUCCAUUUGAAAGGUCAUUUGCGACUAAAGAUGGUGAUGGAAGAGAGGGUGGUGAUGGUGCGGAACAGAGAGGUAAAGGUAAAAAUGGGAAACUGGCUAAUGUGGGAGAGCAGAAGAAUGAAACAAACAAGCACAAUUUACAUAUUCCCAACAUUUCGACAUUGGACCCGAAUAUUAAUAGAGCACCUGUGGGUACUUCUCCAUCACUUACUCCAGGAGAUAGGAAGCUUCCACCGUUAGGAUUGUCUCCCGGAGGCCAUUUAAAUGGAGGGUUGGGGACACCUGGUUCGAAUUUAUGGAAUAGUUUGUUGAGUGCUACGAAUAAUCCAAAUAGUGGAACGAAUGCUGCUACAAAUAGCACGAGUAACGACGGGAGUAAUACUGUUGCCAAUGGAAUCAAUGCCAACCUGAACUAUACUACUGGGCAAAAUAGCGGCGCACCUAAUCACGAAGGUUCAUUUCACCCGAGUAACCAAAAUAACACGAACAUUAAUCAGUUUAUUAGUAUGCUAAGGAAGAGCGGAUUAACGCCAAAUGAGUCUAACUUAAGAUCCGGGUUGACUCCUGGCGGUGUGAAUCACCAUGGCGGAAACAUGUUCGCUUUUAAUAAUCAGUUGCCUGGUUUGACCACUCCAGGAGCUUUUCUCAAUAGUCCUAUUACUCCUGGGCUUUCGAAUUUACUAGGAAUGCCUGCAAAUCAAAACGCUAACCAUGCAACACAACCAACUAAUUCUACUAUUCCACCACCUCCUAACUCUAAUGCAGGUAAUCAUGAUUAUCAAAACAUGAAUAAUUUUGAUAAUGGCAUACAUCAACAACGAGAACAACAAGUACAACAGUCACAACACCAAACACCGCAACAGGCACCAUCACAACUGCCUCAAGAACAGCAACAUCAAAAGGAACAACAGCAACAACAACAACAGCAACAACAACAGCAGCAACAACAUCAGCAACAACAACAUCAGCAACAGCAACAGCAACAUCAACAGCAACAGCAACAUCAACCUCAGCAACAUCAACAGCAACAGCAACAUCAACCUCAGCAACAUCAACCUCAGCAACAUCAACCUCAGCAACAUACACCUCAGCAACAAGCACAUCAACAACAUCAAUUACAGAAUCAACAGCUACCACAGCAAAGUUAUGCCACCAAGAUUUCAAAUCAUAAAGAGUCUGAUGAAAAAUCUGGCAGUAAGAGGAAACUGAGAAAUAAUUCUGAAAACUCUAAGAAACAGAAAACAGAUUCUGCUGUUAAGACAAAGAAGUUGAAGAAAGAAGAACCCAAAGAUGUUGAUUUGGAUGAUUCCACUGUCUCACCAGAUUAUACAUCAAAUACAGGAGGCCCUGGCAAUUCGAAGCGUAAGAGCUUCUUGGAACGUAAUAGAGUCGCAGCUUCAAAGUGUCGUCAACGUAAGAAACAAUUGAUCCAAAAGAUGGAAGAUGAAUUGUCGUUUUAUUCAACAGGAUACAGAGAAUUAUCUGCUCAAGUCACUCAAUUACGUGACCAAUUAAUUAAUCUUAGAGGAAUAGUCAUUGGACACAAAGAUUGCCCUAUGUUGGUGUCUUCUGUGGGAGGCUUUGACCAAUUGAAUAAUAUCAUCCAACAAAGCAAUUAUGUGACUCAGAUUGCCUCUGGAAGUCAAACCAACGUCAGCUCGAUGCCUAGUACCAUUCCGACUACUUUGAAUGCACACCCAGGUGCCAUUAGCACGAAUCAAGCCGUUAAUCCUUACAUUCUUCCCGCUAAUGGGCAACAAUCUAAUAGUCCUGCUUUGCCGAUGCAUUUAAUGCAAGCGAAUGCCGAUCGCUCGAGUGAUAAUUCAACCACAAAUCCAUCGACGGAUACUUUGAACACAACUGCGUCCAUUAACUACCCUAAUCAUGGCCAGCAAAACACCAUCGCUAGCCACCACAGUCUCUCAGAUUUGCCUUCAGCUGCUGCCCAGAAUUUGAACCAGCCAAAUAACCAACCUCCUAAUACAGGUGACUUAAGAACCAUUCAUAGCAUGUCAAAUAUCGCAGGCAUGAACAACAACAGUGACAAAUUACAGGGUAUGGGUAAUUCUAACUUCAACCUCAGACCUGUUAAUAGUAUGAUCGAUCUCAAUCAACAACAUAUCCCACAACAAGCCCAUCAACAAAACUACGGCAACAAUAUGGUAGAUCCAGUUGCAGUCGCUACAAGAAAUAUGUUAGGCUUAUCUCAACCCCAAUCUUAG